AUGGUGGUCGUCACAACAACAAAGCUAAGCCCUGGGAGGAUUGUCAUUAGUCAAGGAAUAACUCGGACACCACCGAUCCAACAUGGCCAGAGACGUCAGUCCUCUGAGCCUCAUGCAUUCGUUUGCAAGGCGCCAACACAUGGGUGGCACCUCUUUGGGGUCUUCUUCCCCUUUUUCUACUACUUCCUGUCAUGUGCAGCAGCAGCCGGCAGUUUGCCAGGCAUAGAGUACGACUAUGGCAUUAGCCCCAAAUUUGUUUGCACUCCAAUCCCCCCAGAGGCUGACCCCAGCUGCUACUCCCCACCUAGCGUGCCCCAUGGACCGGCCAGUAACGGCCACGCUAACAGCCACGCUAACGGCCACGGCGGCAGCACCUGGAGAGGCGCGAUGUCCGACGAGGCCAAAGCCACCAUCUUGCACCUGCGGGAGAGCCUGGUGAGGCAAAAGGAGACCAUCCUGGACCAGCGGGAGACCAUCAGGGAGCUGACGGCCAAGCUCACUUUAUGCGAGGGCUUCGGCGGUGGUCACCACGGUGUCGGUCACCAUGACAACCACCUGGAGAAUCACCGCGACAACCACCACGACAGCCACCACGACAGCCACCACGACGAUCACCAGCAUCACGGCAACCACCACCCACCGUCAUCGUCGUCGCACCACGGGUCGUCGCACCAUGGGUCUAGCAACCUAGCAACGAUCACCCACUAUUCCCAUGGCAACGGCGGUGGAGGCGGCCACAGCAGCAGGUCGGACACCCAUCACAGGAAGGGCUCGUCUUCUCACAGCAAACACAACUCCUUCUCUCCAGAGCAGACCGGGAAGACCCUGCAGACGCUGAAGGAGAGGCUGGAGAACUUGCAGGACGGAGGAACGAAGGAAGGAGCCAACAAGAAGCUAAAGAGUCCCAACGCUUUCAUGCUCGACUUCCCCAUGAGGACCAACUAUAUGUACGCCAGGAUGAAGCGAGCGGUGGUCAACGAGAUCUUCGCCAUGACCAUCUGCCUGCGCCUGAAGUCAGGAGAGGGUCCCGGCCUCGGUACUCCCUUCUCCUACGCCGUACCCGGACAAGCUAAUGAACUGGUGCUCAUCGAAUGGGGAAACAACCCCAUGGAGCUGCUCAUCAAUGACAAGGCGGUGACGAUACCAAUCACUAUGACGGACGGGAAGUGGCAUCAUGUGUGCGUGACGUGGACGACGCGUGACGGAGUCUGGGAGGCCUACCAGGACGGAGUGAAGAAAGGCUCGGGUCAAAACCUGUCGCCAUGGCACCCAAUCAAACCGGGAGGGACCUUUAUUCUGGGGCAGGAGCAGGACACGAUGGGAGGCCGCUUCGACGUCACUCAGUCCUUCAUGGGCGAGUUAUCAGACCUCCAGUUCUGGUCCCGAGUCCUGACCCCCAACGAGAUCUACAGCCAGGCCACGUGCGGAGGCCACCUCGUCGGCGACGUCAUGUCCUGGUCGGAGGAGUCGGUGGAGCUCCACGGCAGACUCGCCGAGCUGCCCUUUGACCCCUGCCACUAA